CGCGCUGCCCCCAGCGAGCUGCUCAGGCGGGGGUGGGGGAAGCUCCCGCGGCCGGUCGCCUCUCUCCGUCGCCGCUGGUUGGAUGGUUUCAAUAAAAGUCUUUUUUCUCUCUGGCUUGCUCUCCUCCGGGGAACGGGCGGAGGCGUCAAUCCGCAGCCGCCGAGUGAGAAAGAGACGCACACGCAGCGAGCGAAAGCGGCCGCCCGCGGUCUCCUCAGCUCCGCUCCGUCCGGCCCCAGAGAAGAAGGAGCCCGGGGCCGGCCGGGCCGCCUCCGUCGGGCGUCGGCGCCUCCCUGCCCGCCCGGCUCCGCCGAGGGGAUUAGCGGGCUGCCCGCGAGGCUCGGCGGCCCGGGAGCCAUGUUGUCCGGGGGGCUAGGCUACGCGUGAGGCACCCGCGGCCCCUCCCGGAGGCUCCGAACCCUCGGCGAGAGCCGGAAGGCGGCGGCGGCGGCGGAGGCCUGCGCCUCGGAGGCGCCUCGGGUCUGCCAGCCGCUGGGACCGGGACCUGCAUCCGGUCGCCGCGGGCGUCCGCGGAGCCACUUUCUCUCGGCGCCUCGCCUCGCCUCGCGACGCAGCCCCGCACUUGCUGGAUAUUUCAAGUCACAUUUAAUUGAUAGGAUGAAAAAAUUUAAGAGAAGACUAUCCCUCACGCUUCGAGGAAGCCAGACUAUUGAUGAAUCAUUGUCUGAAUUGGCUGAACAAAUGACUAUUGAAGAAAACAGCAAUAAGGAUAAUGAGCCUAUUGUGAAGAAUGGCAGGCCUCCAACCUCUCACAGUAUGCAUUCCUUCCUCCACCAGUACACAGGGUCCUUCAAGAAGCCCCCACUACGGAGACCACAUAGCGUUAUUGGAGGAAGCCUUGGCUCCUUCAUGGCAAUGCCCAGAAAUGGAAGCAGAUUAGAUAUUGUUCAUGAAAAUCUAAAAAUGGGAUCAGAUGGUGAGAGUGACCAAGCUUCUGGGACAUCAUCUGAUGAAGUCCAGUCACCUACGGGUGUUUGUCUUAGAAAUCGUAUACACAGACGGAUCUCAAUGGAGGAUUUAAAUAAACGGUUGUCACUGCCUGCAGAUAUCAGAAUACCUGAUGGAUAUCUUGAAAAGUUGCAGAUAAACAGUCCACCGUUUGAUCAACCAAUGAGCCGAAGGUCUCGUAGAGCUUCCUUAUCAGAAAUUGGAUUUGGGAAGAUGGAAACCUACAUCAAAUUGGAAAAACUUGGAGAGGGUACAUAUGCAACAGUAUAUAAAGGAAGAAGUAAACUGACAGAGAAUUUGGUGGCAUUAAAAGAGAUCCGGUUGGAACAUGAAGAAGGUGCACCCUGCACAGCUAUAAGAGAAGUUUCACUAUUAAAGGAUCUAAAACAUGCAAAUAUAGUAACUUUACAUGACAUUGUUCACACAGAUAAAUCUUUGACUCUGGUCUUUGAGUAUCUGGAUAAAGACCUAAAACAGUACAUGGAUGACUGUGGAAACAUCAUGAGUAUGCACAAUGUAAAGCUGUUUUUAUACCAAAUUCUACGUGGUUUGGCAUAUUGCCACAGAAGAAAGGUAUUGCACCGAGACUUGAAACCACAGAACCUCCUCAUUAAUGAAAAAGGAGAAUUAAAGCUAGCAGAUUUUGGACUAGCCAGAGCCAAGUCAGUUCCCACAAAGACCUACUCAAAUGAGGUUGUCACACUGUGGUACCGGCCGCCUGAUGUGCUUCUUGGUUCCUCAGAGUACUCAACACAGAUCGACAUGUGGGGUGUUGGUUGCAUUUUCUUUGAAAUGGCUUCUGGAAGACCUCUAUUUCCAGGAUCAACUGUGGAAGAUGAACUGCAUUUAAUUUUCCGACUGCUAGGAACUCCAUCUCAGGAAACUUGGCCAGGUGUUUCUUCAAAUGAUGAGUUCAAGAACUACAACUUUCCAAAAUAUAAACCACAGCCUCUAGUUAACCAUGCACCCAGGUUAGACUCUGAAGGAAUCGAGUUGAUAACAAAAUUUCUUCAGUACGAGUCUAAGAAAAGGGUUUCAGCAGAAGAAGCCAUGAAACAUGUGUACUUUCGAAGUCUGGGACCAAGAAUACAUGCUUUACCUGAAAGUGUAUCAAUAUUCAGUUUGAAAGAGAUUCAAUUGCAAAAGGACCCGGGUUUUCGAAAUUCUUCUUAUCCAGAGACAGGACAUGGGAAGAACAGAAGACAGAGCAUGCUCUUUUAAGUCUGAUAACAUGGUUUCAAGCCCAGGCCCCAGCCUUUCUUAUCAAUCAAGGACUCAGAUCUGAAGGCAAUUUUUUCUUUUGGUGGACUUGGAAUCUCCGUUUGUCUACACUGUCCUCUUCACAGUGGAGUCUUUUUAUUUCAGACCUACAGAUUGUUUUUAUAUCUGUUGUCACAGUGUGACAAUUUUUUUGUACAGUUGGUUUUAAGGUCUUCUCUGCCAUUAGAGCCAGUAGGUUACAGCUGUUGAUGUAACUGUAGCUGCAAUUUUUGUGCAGGACUGAGAAACACAGUGCAUUAUUUAUUGCGGAAUCAUUGCUGCUAAAUAACUACUGUCUGUUUAUUUAACGCAACAGUUGAAUGCCUGAAGAAGUUGCAGUGGCUUUAUUAUAUGUGAAUGCAUCUAUUUCUCCUCACGAAUUGUUUUACUGCUGCAUUUUUUGUUUGUUUGUUUUUGAAAUUAAACUGCAGUGUUUCCUGGAAUGUAAAUUUAGCUUUGCUUAACAGUAAAAUAAGUGAGCCAUCUCGAACACUCUUAAUUUCAUGCUAUAUAAUCUUUUACUGAACAUUGGCAAAUAGAGUAGCUAAGAAAUUGAUAAGCACAUUAUCUUUAUAGGAAAGCCUGUGAUGCAGAAGUUGAUUCAAGCAAGUGAAUACCUGACAUUUUGGGGAUCUCACAUUAGAUACCAGUAAAUUAAAGCACCAAAAUUAUUUAUUUUUACCUUACCUGAUUUUAGAAAUAUUUACUGCAUAUUAUUGGAUAUUUGUAUACUAAUACACUUACCUGUUUUACAUUGUGCUUUAAUUUAGUUAAAACUAAACCAUCCAAGUCAAGUCAGACAUUAGAGGUCUUGUUUUUGUUUGUUUGAGAUAUAAUUCUUUUCUUAGAAAGGAUGAUACUCCAUUGGGGAACAAUGUAUUUCAUUUGGGGGCUGUGUAUAUGUGUGUGUUUUAAUAACAUUCACUUGGAAUCAGCUGAAAUAUGUAAUAUGUCUUUGAAAUGAGCCAUGAUAAAUACAAAUGAGAGAUAUGAGAACUUAGAGGAUUUUUUUAAAGCAUUGUAGGUAUUAUCUGUUUACCAGAGACAGUAAAUAUUUCUGUUUUAAUUAUGCAUCUCUUUGAACAUCAUAAACAGACCUUGGUGUUGGUAACAGUGUUUUAAAUAUUUGUGUUCACUUUUAAGGACUAUUUGUUUAGUGCAUCUUAUAAACUACAAAUCUUAAUUGGUAUAUUUUGAAAUGGUCAUGUAAAUUUUUGGCUUACAUAUCAUGAAAAUAGUCAUAACUUAAUUUUUUUCCUGAAUUCACUGUAAAACAUUCAGGGGUCCUACCAUUUCGGUUCAGGAAAUCUUGUAGUUUAUUGUUAUUUAACAGUAUUAAGUGAACUUUUGUAUAUUCCCUUUUAACUUUAUUUGUGAAUAGUGAUUGUGGCAUGUUUGGGGUGUUAUUUUAAUAUCUCAUGAUACUGAAAUUAAAAAAAAAAAAUUCUGGAAGAAACAGAUUCAUGUGUAAUGGUGAAUAUUGGACCACUACUGCUUUUCACAUUUGUAAAUUGGUUUUAUGUUAAACCCUGUAGCCUAACAAACUGCUGUUAUUUCUAACUGACAGACAUGUAUUAAUAUUGUACUUUGAAGGUUAUAAAUAUUAUGUGGAAAUUCCUUCAUUUUGUUUUAAAUUUAUAAUAACAAAAUCUUCAUGUUGUUAAAA